GACGACACCGAAACUGGGUUCCGGUUCACGCAGUACAAGGCCGCCUACUCCCUGGGCUACGAGAGGAUCGUUUAUCGCGUGGCGCGGCCGCGCCUUGUGUCUGUGAAUCAGGGCUAUGAUGUUGUCAUCCAGAUUCAAGCGCCCGUCGAGGUCGGAUGGGCCGGUCUCGCCUGGGGUGCUACAAUGAAGAACAGCCCCUUGACCGUGGUCUGGGCCAAUUGCAGCAACACUAUCAUCUCGUCGCGGUGGGUAUCGUCGCAUGCCCUCCCAACCUCUUACGAUGGCGCUAUAUACAGCGUGCUGGGGUCGGCAACGUUUGUCAACAAGACCCAUUGCCAGGUUACUGCCAAAUGCAGCGGCUGUACCUCCUGGACAGACCCCGACUUGGGCCUCAUCACCGUCACGCCCACAGGUUUCAACGAGUUCGCCUGGGCAUAUGCUAUAUAGCCGCCAAUGAAGCCAGGGGACAACACGUCGACGUUUGGGUUCCACGACGCGCACGGCAUUUUUGAGAAGGACCUGGCCGAAGCGGGGAACGAGGACUUCGAAGGAUUGGUGUCUCGG